UUGCUGCGGGCGGCCCCGAGCGGGGACUUUGCCCGGCCGCGGCGGCGCCGGGGGUCGGAGCCGGCGGACGGGGGCAUGCUCAGCCCGGCGCCCCGGAUCCCGCUGCGCUGCCUGUGCCGACACCUCCUGGGUGCCCAGAGGCGGCCGCCCGGCUCCAGCGCUUGCUCCGCCGCAAGCAGCUCCCCGCGCCCGCCCGGGGCCAUGGCGCGCUCGCCGGGGCUCAAGCCGCUCGUCGCCGUGUGCCAGCUCACGUCCACGCCCGACAAGGAGCUCAACUUCGCGGCCUGCGCGGGGCUGGUGCGGGAGGCGGCGCGCCGCGGCGCCUGCCUCAUCUUCCUCCCCGAGGGCUUCGACUACAUCGGCUCCAGCACCGCGGAGACCCUCGGCCUCGCCGAGAGCCUGGACGGCGACCUGCUGGGGCGCUACGCCGCGCUGGCCAGGGAGUGCGGCGUGUGGCUGUCCCUGGGCGGGUUCCACGAGCGAGGCCGGGACUGGCCGACCACGCAGCGCAUUUACAACUGCCACGUGCUGCUUGACCCCGCAGGCUGCCGCGUGGCCGCGUACAGGAAGACCCACCUGUGUGACGUGGAGCUGGAGGGCCGCGUGUCCAUGAAGGAGAGCAGCUUCACCAACCCCGGCCCCGAGAUCGUGCCCCCCGUCAGCACGCCGGCGGGGAAGCUCGGCCUCGCCAUCUGCUACGACCUGCGCUUCCCCGAGAUCUCGCUGGCGCUGCGGCGCGCCGGGGCCGAGAUCCUCACCUACCCCUCGGCCUUCACCGUCACCACAGGCUCCGCGCACUGGGAGGUGCUGCUGCGGGCCCGGGCCAUCGAGAGCCAGUGCUACGUGGUGGCGGCCGCCCAGACGGGUAAGAACCACAAGCACCGGACGUCCUACGGCCACUCGCUGGUGGUGGAUCCCUGGGGCUCCGUGGUGGCCCAGUGCCGGGAAGGCCCCGGGCUGUGCUACGCCGAGAUCGACCUGGAUUACCUGCAGCGCGUGCGCCGGGAGAUCCCAGUGCACAGCCACCGCCGGCCCGACCUCUACGGCACCGUGGCGGCGCCCUGAGGCGCUGCCCGUCCCAGGCGCCCUUUCCGGCGCGGCGAUUUCGGCUGCUCUCCGCUCCCCCCAGGCCUCGCCUGGAAAAACACAGACAGGGAGCAGGAACGUGCUGGCACCCUGCUCCCUUCUACGUGUCCCCCCGGCGCCAUAGGGAAUCUCCCAGCAGCCGAAUUGCCGGCGCCUUUCUCCUUUCCCCGCUUCCGAGGCACCCGCAGAAGGAAGGAGCCAGGCGCUGCGGUAGAUGUUUUAUUUCAAGAAAAUCCGAAAGCUACACAGGGAAUAUGACUGUUAUAUUGAAGAUCUUAAAAAAUACAGAAGUCACAGAAAUUA